AUGCAUAACUCCAAACCCAUAGACACUCCAAUUGAGAAGGGUUAUUCUUUGAGCCUUAAACAUUUCCCUAAGAAUGAUGAGGAAAAGAAAGAAAUGACUAGAGUUCCUUAUGCAAGUGCAAUUGGAAGUCUGAUGUAUGCUAUGUUGUGUACACGACCUGACAUUUGCUUUGCGGUUGAAUUGGUUAGUCGUUAUCAGAGUAACCCAAGACCUAUUCAUUGGCAAGCAGUUAAGAGGAUUUUUCAAUACCUUCGUAGGACAGCAGACCUCAUUCUUUGUUACCAGGGUGGAGACAUGAGACUGAAGGGUUAUAGAGAUGCUGAUUGGGCUAGUGACAAAGAUGAGCGAAAAUCCACGACGGGUUACUCAUUUAUGCUUAGUGGAGGAGUUAUUUCUUGGUGUAGCAAGAAACAAUCAUGCAUUGCUUUGUCCACGAUGGAGUCAAAGUACGUUGCUUGUUCAGCAGCUGUACAAGAAGCUGUUUGA